AUGUUUUUUUAUUGUUUCAUCUCACACAAGACGAUCAAAGCACUUUAUAGAAUGGAAAAGAAUGACGACCUUGGUAAUCAAUUAUUAUUCACCUUAAAUACCCUACGUCGAUUCAAGUCUGAUGCUGUUGAUUCGCUAAUUCCAGAACUUCAAAACAACGAAUAUGGUAAUCUCAAUAAUGUGGAUCGCUUUGAGAAGUUGUUGAAUUAUUUAGAACGAAGCUAUGCUGCUAGCAAGGAGGUCUCUCACCUUUUAAAAGAAUCUAGACCUAUUAUCCUUUCUGUUCCAUCACUUGACGUGUUGAGAGCGCUUUUAACUCUAGCUUCGAGAUGUGAAGGAACUACAUAUACCAAAGACCCAGUCAAUAUUCUUGGAGUUCUCGUUACCAAAGAGUAUAUGAACAGCUUAUCAGACGAUUAUUUAACUUCUUUGUCAAAGCCACCCUUGAGCGAUCGCUGUAUAAAUCAAUUGAGACUAUACGUAGACUCGCUACCAAUAUCAGUUCAAAACGGUGACUUUACAACAGAAGUAUUGUAUGAAAGACUUUACCUUCUUAUAGCCGACUUUUUAGUGAAAGAAAAGAAUACAGCCAAGUUAAUUUCUCCUGAAGCUACAGAAAGAUCUGAUUUAGGCAAGGCUAAAUCUUGCAAUCAAAAUAAGGUGUUGAAAGCUAAUUUCGAUUUAGAAACACGAACUUCAGAUGAUUCAAAUGAUCAAAGUAACCUAAUUAUUUCUUUUAAGGAAUAUCAAAACACAAAUUUUUCGGAUUUGGAUUCGGAUUCAGGAAACCACACUUUCAACCAACCCCCAAGAAAACGAAUGAAACCCUCAGCUGAAAGUCUGGUGCCAGGCAUCCGAAUAUUUGACUACGAAUUAUUGGGCACCUUAUUAAAUCCUAAUAUAAACCACUUUAACAUUUGGAAUCUAAUGGACUGGACAUUUUAUUGUGCUAAACUAUCGACAAACGAGAGCACUCAGAGUGUAAAAUACCAUACCAUAUACAAAACCUAUAACAAGGUUUUACAUUUAAUCUUUGAUAUUGUGGCUAUUAAUUUCGAUUAUGAGUUAGUUAAAAAUGUCAAGGGCUAUAAUUUGACAAUUGAUACUUUCCAACAAUUGAAGGAUACAAACUCCUUCAAAAUAUUCUAUCACUCGCUAGAUGGACGUCAUGUCAGUACAUCAAAUGUUUUAUUGUUGAAUUUGUUAUCCCAAUUAAACUCUUCACAAGCAGACUUGUAUGAAAUGGCUCUCAAUUACAUUUUAAGAGGAAUUUAUUAUCCUUUUAACGAGAUUCCAAAUCCCUGCUAUCAUGUUGAAUUAGCAUUCAUUCGCCAGAGAGACUUUCUAGAUCUACCUCAUAUUACGCUGUUUAGUGAUUGCAUAGAUUCGUUCCAGAUAAGGUAUAAAAUUAUUUUACUAAUGUAUUAUUAUGCUAUAACAUUUCAUGAUAAUAAUGCAGUUCAAAGGUCUAGUAGAUUACGGAGUUAUCUUUCGCUGAAAAGCUUAAUUGUGGAGCUAUGUAAAAGGUUAUUACAGUUCAAUUUUAAUUUUCUAAAGCUGUUCUAUGCUAUUUCUUCCAUGAGAGAGAUAAGAAUACCAAAUUUUGUGAAAUCAAGUAUGAUACAAGUGGUAACAUACACACUUUUGUAUCAACUAACAGGUGUGAAUUUUGAGACGGGUCGAAUUGAUGAGCAAUCUAACUCGCAGACGAUACUGGAAGCUACUAUUAACACAAUUGAUUUAGUUCUGGAUGAAAAUACGUAUGCGGCUAUUAUUGAAGACGAAACAUAUGCGAAUUUUGAUGACUUCUAUUGUACAUGGAGGAAAUUAAAUUUUGUACUUGCAUGGUUAUUAGGAAUGCUAUUGACUGAAUUUCGUCUUAAAUGUGUUUAUGAAAAUAAAGAUAUCGAAAUAUUUCGACACAAGUUGAACUCAGCAGACGAAACUCGAGUAAGAAUGUACAAGUCGUUUACUCAGCAACAUAGUAUCAGAAAUGAAAAGUUCAACUUUUUGAUAGAAGAGCAUGAUAGAGAACAACUUUCGAACUUUAGUUUAGCUGCAUUCGAAGAGUUGUUGAUCUUUAGAUUUAAUCUCUACACUAAUAAAAGCUAA